UGCGGCCGCAGCUUAUCGCACGGGGAUAUCGGCGCGUAUCGAGCAGCAGCCACGGGCCGGCGCAAGACCGAGCAGCGGCGACCUUCGGUGCUCGUGGUGUACCGCAGGUGUUGCGCGCGCGGUGAGCGCCAUGCCUUCAUGGAGAACAGCCGUUGCCGUCGAGCGACCCGAGCCUUGGUGCUCGCCACCGCGUACUUCGCCACGGCGAUCGGCUGGCGAGCGGAGCUGCUGCGCGGCUUCUGAGCGGAUCGCUGUUCCUGUGUGCGGCGGGACUCGUGGCUGUGCCGUGGUGCACGGACUUGGCGCUCCUCGUACUGGUCACCGCGGCGCUGGGAGUCGCCCUCGGAGCUGCCGCCACCGCCAGCACGAAGCUGUGCGACCAGUGGGCUCUUGGCGGCGGCGUGCGGCUUCUCGGUCUCGUGGGCGCCAGCGUGUGCCCAGUGCUGGCCGUGGUUGCGGGGCAGAUGCGACUCACGUACUGGGCCUCGGCGGCACUGCUGGCCACCGCGUCGCUGCUGUUCGCGCCCUGGAGAAGCGAGCCCGCCGAACUGCGUCACGAGCCGGAGACCACCCGACAACCGACGUGCCACGUGACGAGAGCCCUGGGACUGGCUGCUCUGUUCCUCAGUUGCGGCUCACACCGUGCCCUGGGACAGCUCAUCGGCGCCUACUCGGCCGUCUUCUCCGACGGCGGCGCAGUCACGUCGGGGCUCGCCGCGUGCUUCUUCUACGGCUCCAACCUGGGGGCGAGCGCGGCCGCGCAACUUCUGCACCACGGCUGGCUGCUCGGCGGCUCUCGAGCGGCCACCGUCGCGGGCGCCGCGCUGCUCGCGUGGCUGCCCCGGCCGUGGGCUGUGCCCUGGCUGGCCGCGGCACUGAUGGGGCUACAGGCCCUCCCGGGGACAGGCGCCCCGCUGCACACCACGGCGCAGCGCGUGGGCGAAAUGCUCGCGUGCCUCGUGCUCGGGCCGGCACUGGACAGUGACGACGCCACGGCGUUCGGCGUCAGGGCGCUCGUGUUAACGGCGCUCGCGCUGACAGCGUCUCUAGCGCUGUGGUACGCGACGCAGCGCUACAGCUGCCGCGACGCCGAGCACGACGGCGUGGUCGAACGCAACGGCUCCACGACCAGGUGGUACGUCCAGCGAGCCGAACCCAGCAUCAACCGGGAGAAGCCAGUCGCGGAAGACGCCAGAAGCCAGGACUCGCAAUCGUCAGUACGCGGGGCGGCGCAACAGAGCUAAUAUGACAUGAGAACUGAAAGCCUGGCUAGUUGCUUUAUAAUUAACUGCCGAACAACAGGAAGGCAACGGACUUGGUGUUUGCUUAACGUUGUCUUGCUGUCGCGCUGCAGUUAAUGAUGGGUGCGUCACCUAGCCCCAAGCUGCGCAGUCGGCAAAUCCAACGUACUUUCCUCUGAGGAUGCACCGAUUAAAGCUGUCUGCGGAACGCCUGUAACUCCGAACGCAUAUUUAGAUGUGAGCGCGACAAACAGCGGACUCGCAAGGAGGCAGUCGUAUGCAUGGACGGAGGCUUGUUGCGGCCUUAGCCUUUCUUUCCCUUCAUUUCCAGUUCAAAUCUAUUACAGAUUACAUUCUUUGAUACAACAAAGCAUGCGCCGUCGCUUAAUGGUGACCAAGCUUUGUGUCGUCGAGAAAGAGCUGACGUUGCCACGACACGACGUCAGCACACUCACCGCUGAAACUGCUGUCGAUUUUGCGAAACUACUUUUGUCCUGACAAGAGGAAGUCAUAUUUAUUGGCACAGAAAUUUCCGUUGCUGAGAGCAAAACUUUUGUAACGCCAAGAGGUUCCGAUAUACAACAAGAACAGUACAAGAAUUAUUCUGUUACGGAAGAAAAUGUCCAGUUGCCUUUUUCAACUGUGUUGUUCUUUAUUUCUUCAGUUGGUCUUUCUCAAAUGUGCGCGGCGCGAAUGGGCGCUAGUUACGCACGUACCGUAAAUUUUAUUAACUCUGGCUCGCUUAUUGUGGCUAUCGGCGAAGCUGCCUUCAAGCUACUACUGCCUCGCGCAAACCCUGCUUAUUCCAAGCGAACUCGCUCCAUUUCUCAACAGUGUGCAGUACAGCGGCUUCCCCUCAACAUGUCUCUACUUGUGGCGGUGCACCCUUUACAGGAGAAUCGUGCAAUGUGGCCGACCAUACUGGCGCUGAUUAGGCCCGUAACGUUAACUUUACCUUCUCUGUGACUAAUUAUCGCGUAUUGACUCGUCAAGACCUACAUUUUGAUAUAUUUUGCGACUCGCUACGCACUCUCGGGGCGCGAAAGAGCCGCUUCUUCUUUCUGGAAUUGGUUGCCAAGAUCCCAGAUACCGUGGGCAGUCGGCUUGUGUUAUUCACCGACGAUUAACGAUAUGCGAAAUUCGAGCGCAGCUCUACACGUGGCUGGCCCGGACAAUCUGUUUCGUGCGGCACGUUGCAAGUGCACGACUGCCUCGCUAAUCGGAAGACGGCGAGAAGCAACCUCCCAGACGCUACUGUGGCGCCAUCUCGUCGCUGCAGUGCGCUUUUCUUCCCACGCUUUCGCCAUACCCUCCUCUCGCCGCUUUUUCCGCUCUCAUCCGCUCGGUUACGCCGACGCUCGCCGCAGGAAUGGGCGCCUAAGAGUCUAAAAAGAAAAGAAAGCGAUGUUUUCUGUGGCGCGCUGCAUCGGCUUCUUUAGUAUUUAGUAAGUUUUCUUUUAAGCGGGGAACAUAGACGGGAAUUAUUUGCCGACCUUGGCACCAGCCGAUGCUCUGCGAGCGUUUGGCCAAGCGCGUCGCCACCGCGGGCUGUGCGGGCGCUUUCCAACAGUGGACGAUUGAGGCUCGGCCGGCUGCCUCUGCGCGACAUGACAUUUCUGGAUUUGAUGCAGGACUCGAGCUAAUGUGCAAGAGUGCUUCGAGUGCAUAUGUAUACAUCUUGCUUGCGUGUGAGUGGAUUCAUCCUUCCAUCACGUUCGACCACUGAUGGUCAUGUACUUACAAGUCCUACUGUGUGGUGUGCACCAUAUGUAUGCCAAGUGUUGUAACCCCUCUGUACGUGCCUCUACAGUUAUCAUUAAACACACUCUCUCAACACAAGUGCGUCUGGUCUGAUUUUUGGGCACAGUUUAUGUUUUUAACCAACAUUGCAAAUUUCACAAGCCCACCAGGUCACCGCGCUGAAUGGUUCUACUACACGCAGUCCAAGAUACUAAAACACAUCGUGCGCUUGAUGCUGUAAUGCACACCCAACUACAGAAUGGGUCGUUUCUCGCUCGACGUCUGCCACAGAGCGAAAACGAUUAAGCGACGAAAAGCAAGCCAGACAUGAAUUGUUUCUGAUGAUCUAUUCAGGACGCACCUAAAACGCGAAUGCUCAUAUCAUCCCAUCAUUGCUGUUCAAUGAUGCACUUAUUCAUCAUCGCAAAUUAUGAGAGAAUAAAAGCAACCGUCGUCUGGCAACCAACCGCCGCUGGCACGAACAAGGCUGAUGCAAUGCCUCAGCAUGAUCUUGAGAAUUAAACCAGCCAAAAGACGAAGAACAGAGGAGAGUUAUUUACUCUGGUCUUAUUAAGCAUCUUCAUUAAGCAUGGAUUUCGCAUGGGAUUAUCCUGUACCACUCAACUUACUGAAUUCAUACAUGACGUUGCACUCGGCUUUAACAAUAGUACGCAGAUAGAUGCUGUUUUCAUUGAUUUCCGAAAGGCGUUUGACGUAGUCCCGCAUGACUUACUUUUGUACAAACUGUCAUUUCUUGGCCUCCCCGAUUCACUUUACGGUUGGCUUAAAGAUUAUUUGCAUAAACGGCAGCAAAAAGUGGUUCUGAACGGUGCAACGUCGAGAACGGUUAAUGUUUUAUCAGGUGUGCCUCAAGGGUCGGUCCUUGGGCCGUUGCUGUUCCUUAUUUUUAUCAAUGAUUUAAGUGAAGGCGUUGUUUCGAAUAUCAGACUGUAUGAGGAUGAUCGCGUUGUAUACCAUCCUGUGUCAUGUGCCGAACAUACGAGUGUGUUGCAGUUUGAUCUCGAAAAAAUAUGUUCCUGGUGUGCUAAAUGGAAGAUGGAUUUGAACGUAGCAAAGUGUUAUCAUGUUCAAUUUACGAACAAAAGGAAAAAAGUGCCUAGUUCAUACUCUCUAAAUAAUGUUUUAGUGCAAUGAGUUGAUGAAGUCAAAUACCUAGGCGUCACUUUAACGGCGGUAUUGGACUGGACAUCCAACAUUGACAUAACAAGAGCUAAAGCGUGCCGCCUUUUGCACCUUUUCCAGAGGAACUUCAAGUAUGCGCCCAAACCUUUGAAGGAAACUUUAUAUCUUACAAAUAUUAGGCCGAUGUUAGAAUACGCUUGCGCAGCAUGGGACCCCUUCACAAAAGUUCUCGAAGAUAAGUUAGAGCGUGUUCAGAAAAGGGCUGCAAGAUUCGUCACGGGCAUCUACGACUACAAAAUUAAAGGUUCGCAAAUCGGGGAAAAUCUGGGGUGGAAGUUGCUGUCCACGCGCAGAAAAAUAAUCAGGUUAAAGCUUUUACACAACAUUAACAGCGGUAACACAGGAAUCGAUAAGAACAUAUAUUUAAAACCACCUCAUUAUCAGUCUAAGAGACGCGACAAUUCCAAGAAAAUAAGGGCCUACCAAAGUCGUAUUAAUGUAUUUAAAUUUUCAUUCUUUCCGCGAACAAUUGCGGAAUGAAAUUUGCUCCCGGAUGAGAUAGUGUCGGCACCCAAUUUUUCAUCUGCCAUAGAGAACUUUAUAUGAAUCUGUUGUAGACAAUAUUUUCUAGUGUACCGUUUCAUGCAUUGUGUAGCAAAUUUUAUAAUCGAAUGUGUAGAUGAUUUUUUUCUUCGAUGUGUUGUCUUUCUCUGUAAUUACGAUUAUUGUAUUUGUAAUACCAUAAAUGAUAUGAUGCUGUUUUUCUUGAAGUUCAAUAUAUGACCUUUAUGUUUGUAAUUAACCCCCCUACGAUAGUGCCUAACUCGGGCGCUGUAGGUAUUUGUAAUAAAAAAAAUAAAAAAGAGAGACAUGGCACACACAACCAGUGAUUAAAGGUUACCCAGCGAAGAAGAGAAGCAUUGAAGAAGAGUUGCGAUGUGGGUCACUUGGUACAUAUUCAGCAUGAUAUUGAGCAGAAUGGUUUAAGCUGGCAAAUAACUGCAAUUAUUUGCUGGUUAACAGCUACGCGAUGUCGAUCCUUGCACCACUGCUGGAAGUCAAGUGGCUUCUUCAUUGUCCUUCGCUCGAGCUGCACACAGUGAACAUUUUUGCAACCUUAAAGGGUUCGUCCCUUAGGGUGCAACAUCUUUUACUCUGUGUGCAUGUCGGGUCCAAGUGCACGGACGUUUUUAAUGCGAAUAUUUCAAUUCAAUUCCUGUAUUUGACAUCACUAAUAUAAUAUCAGGCGCGCAGACAAAAAAGCCAUAAAUAAUGCAGCUUAAUGGGGUCUGCACACCCAUACAUCUGGCAUUCACCUUCAGCAUCUAUUAAAACACACAUACACGAACAUGCAAAAUAUAGAAGGAAUGACAGAAUAAACUUGUGUGCACAAAAGUAUAAAAUGAAAAGCAUGGAAAGUUCGCACGAACACGAUGUUUUCCAUGCAUCAAAUAUCAAUAUAAAACACAAUAAAAAGGAAACAUUCAUGCGUGCGCUGCCUUCACCCAACGCAAAUAGAAAAAUGCAAAUGCAGUGCGAUACAACUCACAGAUACUGCAACGUUUUAUAAAAAAACAUCUAACGCACUUUUACACAAACGCUCUCUUGGAGGUUCUGGUGGUCCUUGUUCAGUAUUUCAUUCAUCAGUGUAGGCAAGCAACAAUUUGCCAUUUUACAGCCAUGGCUCGCCCGGAAGCGUUUCACAUGCCAUGCACUGCUCGGUGUUCCGGCUAUUGUACGCUGCAACAUUGUUUCGUAAUCCGGCAAAGGCCACUGAAUUGUCUUUUUUUAUAGAUACCAAGUUUGUAAAAACGACAAAGCCUAAAAUUGUAAAAGGAUUCGAUAGUAACAGUGUGAACAUUUCGUAAACAGGUUAGAAGCGUGAGUGAGAUAAUGCCUUUUAGAUAUUAUCGAAAUU